ACCCAGAAGCCAGCCCCCUCUGACAGCUUCCUCUUCGGCCAAGCCCUGCCUCUGUACAGCCUCGAGUGGGCAGCCAGAGGCUGCAGCUGGAGCCCAGAGCCCAAGAUGGAGCCCCAGCUGGGGCCUGAGGCUGCCGCCCUCCGCCCUGGCUGGCUGGCCCUGCUGCUGUGGGUCUCAGCCCUGAGCUGUUCUUUCUCCUUGCCAGCUUCUUCCCUUUCUUCUCUGGUGCCCCAAGUCAGAACCAGCUACAAUUUUGGAAGGACUUUCCUCGGUCUUGAUAAAUGCAAUGCCUGCAUCGGGACAUCUAUUUGCAAGAAGUUCUUUAAAGAAGAAAUAAGGUCUGACAACUGGCUGGCUUCCCACCUUGGACUGCCUCCCGACUUCUUGCUUUCUUAUCCUGCAAAUUACUCAGAUGAUUCCAAAAUCUGGCGCCCUGUGGAGAUCUUUAGACUGGUCAGCAAAUAUCAAAACGAGAUCUCAGACAGGAGAAUCUGUGCCUCUGCAUCAGCCCCAAAGACCUGCAGCAUUGAGCGUGUCCUGCGGAAAACAGAGAGGUUCCAGAAAUGGCUGCAGGCCAAGCGCCUCACGCCAGACCUGGUGCAGGGCCUGGCCAGCCCGCUCCUGCGCUGCCCUUCGCAGCGACUCCUGGAUCGCGUGGUCAGGCGCUAUGCAGAGGUGGCCGACGCCGGCAGCAUCUUCAUGGACCACUUCACCGACCGUGACAAGCUGCGCCUGCUCUACACGCUGGCUGUCAACUCGCACCCCAUCCUUCUACAGAUCUUCCCUGGGGCUGAGGGAUGGCCGCUGCCCAAGUACCUGGGCUCCUGUGGCAGAUUCCUCGUCAGCACCAGCACCAGACCGCUGCAGGAAUUCUAUGAUGCACCCCCAGAUCAGGCAGCCGACCUUGCCUACCAGCUCCUGGGUGUCCUGGAGUCUUUGAGGAGCAACGAUUUGAACUAUUUCUUCUACUUCACCCACAUUGAUGCAGGCAUGUUCGGCGUCUUUAACAACGGGCAUCUGUUCAUCCGGGAUGCCAGUGCAGUGGGCGUCAUCGACAAGCAGGAAGGCAGCCAAGAAGCCACCAGGGCAGGAGAGAAUAAAGACAUUUUUAGCUGCCUGGUUUCCGGCUGCCAGGCCCAGCUGCCCUCCUGCGAAAGCAUCUCUGAGAAGCAGAGCCUGGUGCUGGUGUGUCAGAAGUUGCUGCCUCGACUUCUCCAGGGGAGGUUCCCCUCCCCACUGCAAGAUGACAUAGACUCCGUCCUUGCUCAGUGUGGGGACAGCAUCCGCCCAGACCCAGAAGUCCUUGGGGCUGCCAGCCAGCUGAAAGACAUCUUGAGGCCCCUGAGAACGUGUGACUCCAGAUUUGCCUAUCGUUACCCAGAUUGCAAAUAUAACGAUAAGUUCUGAAGGGCUGGUGUCUAGCUGGCCUUGGGGACAACACGCUUGGCUCUCCAUUCUCCCAGUCGGGUUGCUGCAAGGUAGAAAGAAGCAGCUCUUUUUUAAAGAUGAGAAGAAAGGCACACUCAUUUCUUAGGGACUAAGAGGGGAGUUGUGAGAUACCAUGUGGCUGUCUCUGCUGGCUGGGACGUCCUGGCAAAGCCCGGGGUGGGUAUCAGGAGACCUGGGUAUGGAUGCUCACUCAAUGUCUUUGAGCCUCAGUUUCCUCUAUUCUCUACCAGACUCUCCUGAGGUCUUGGGACACAUGCUCACCACCUCCAUCCCAGGUGGUUACAAAGUGUGUUCUGGAAAAGCACAGAGGCGGGGAGCAUGAGAAAGAGCCACUCAGGUCAGGAGGAUGGAGUGGAGGGAAGGCAGGGAAAGGACAGGCUCCCUGUCACUACCACUUUAGACUCGGACAAGAGGGGCCCCCUUCCUGUUCCCUGUGGCCCUGCAUCACUCCCUACACCAUCGCGGGAUGAGGAGACUGCAGGCCAAGGGGACAUGCCUGCCACCACCUAGAGCCUGGUACCUGAGGCUCCAUACACCUGCGCAUGGGGCUUCUCGUGGUGUGGGAAGAAGCCAGGGGUAAGAAGAUAAGGGGGGCCGGCGGGGGACCAAUGUGUUAGCCCAAGUGCUCCAAGAAUAUGUGUCAAGAUAGAGUGAAUGGAACAAAGAUUUGUUAGGGGAAAUGCUUGUGUGUAAGGAAAGAAGGAGGGAGCCGGAGAAGAUUGGGAGGACCAGUAAGUCGAGCUGCAAGCUGAGCCCCGGUGAAGGAGAGAAUGUCCGGCAGGAGCUUGCUAAGCUCAAAAUCAAAGAAAGGUUCAGUAAGGCUGUCAGGGUGUCCUCAAGGCAAAGGCAGCCAUCAGAAGAGCCCCGUGUCUCCCACAAAUAGACCCCGUUAGCAUCCCUGCUGCACUCAGUGGUUGGCGGAAACAGCAAAGAUAGAUUUCAGCGCACAGCAGCAGGGGUCCCUGGACAGCCCCGCUCCCUAGAGCAGGAGAUCUUGAGUGGGAGAACAUUCUUGUUGUGGCCACAGCUGAGGCCCUGGACCAGCUCUCUCUACACCGCAUGCUCUGAGUUGGGACUCUAAGGAGUCUAGGAAAUUUCAUUCAAACUUGGCCUUACAGGUCAACUCAUCAGAAAAAUAUUUUUUUCAAGGUCAACCAAUAGAACAUACUUUAUUCAACAGUUUGUUAAUUUGCUUUUUAAAUAUUUAGCCACAUGGUAUGUGGGCUUCCAUGUACACUCUUGCCCUGGCCCCUGAAACAUAAGCAGGGGGCUCUUCUGUACAUUUGCCCAGCUUCCCUGCCAGCCUUUAACCCCAGGAACCUCUCAGUCUACCUCCUCUUUUCUACCUCUGAAUCCCUACCUUUAAAGUCAGAACAGGCCAGGCACGGUGGCUCACACCUGUAAUCCCAGCACUUUGGGAGGCUGAGGUGGGUGGAUCACUUGACAUCAGUAGUUCAAGAUGAGCCUGGCCAACAUGGUGAAACCCCAUCUCUACUAAAAAUACAAAAAUUAGCCAGGCGUGGUGGUGGGCGCCUGUAAUCCCAGCUACUCGGGAGGCUGAGGCAGGAGAAUCGCUUGAACCCAGGAGGCAGAGUUUGCAGUCAGCCAAGAUCAUGCCACUGUACUCCAGCCUGGAUGACAGAGUGAGACUCCGUCUCAAAAUAAAUAAAUGAAAAUAAAGUCAGAACACCUGGCUUAACAGGCCUCACUGUGCAGAUGAGGAAACUGAGGCCCAGGGAGGAAGAGCGAUCUGCGGAGAUAUUUCCAGAACCCCUGCAAGCUGAGCCCCAGUGAAGGAGAGAAGGUCCAGUAGGAGCUUGCUAAGCUCAAAAUCGAAGAAAGGUUCAGCAAGGCUGUCAGGGUGUCCUCAAAGCAAAGGCAGCCAUCAGAGGAGCCCCGUUGCUAUUAGGAGGCUCCUAUUGCCCUCCCCUUCAGCCUCUGACUUUCACCUGUGCUACCCAAUUCUGGUACCCUUCACUCCCAUUCAAAAAUGGACCCCAGAAAAGCCUUAUUUUGUGGAGUACCUGGUUCCCUUUUGGGUUUGUCUCUUGACUGCUACAGGCACUGCCCCAGGGCAACCAUGACAGUGAAGACGACUGGCCAAGCUUGUGGACUGGCCAGCAAGCUUGGGCUGCCUGAGACGCUUUGAAAUGGCUGCCUUCUGGCUUGGUCUGGAGGGUGAAGACUGACCACCCUUCCCACCUGCACAGUCACAGUCCCUCUCCUGCUGCCCUGACUGCAGCUGUCCUCCCAGCUGGCCACCUGACCAGAGACCAGGAGAGAGGCCACAGCCUCCAGACCCUCCAGAGUCCCACGGAGGAAGAAGACUUACCAGAGAGACCCUCUGAUGUAUGAGCCAGGCCCCAGCCCUUCUCCCUGCGUCCAGGUGUGUUUCCCCCGCAAAAUGCCUCCACACAAUGAGUGACUUUGGCCCUGCGUGGGCCAUCAUGUGAUCUGAGGUAACCCUCGAAUCCCUCCACCACACAUCUGUCCACCUGCACGGGUUCAAGGUGAGCACUUGCCCCCUUCUCUCCUCCAGACCAGUCGCCUGAAACUCUGAGCAACAUUCCUUCAAAACCAUCAUGUAACCCUUGGUGAUGCUGAGUCCAGACAGGAAAUGCAGACUUGGGACCCACCUGUAUCAGCAGAAAGAGACCUUGUGCCCCAUUUGUCCGAGUCCCAGAACGGAGCAAAUGAGAAAACCGGCAAGCUGUCCCCCGAGGAGCUGUAGGGAGAUUGGUUUUUAGUAUAAAUUACAACAAAAUUUUGUGUAUGUGUACAGCUGUGUUCACAUCCACAGUGUAAGCUGUGAUAUGGUUUGGAUGUUUGUCCCCUCCAAAUCUCAUGUUGAAAUGUGAUCCCCAGCAUUGGAGGUAGGGCCUGGUGGGAGGUGACUGGGUGAUGGGGGAAGUUGCCUCAUGAAUGACUUGGUGCCCUCCUGGAAGUGAUGAGUGAGUUCUCGCUGAGCUCACUCAAGAGCUGGUUGUUUAAAAGAGUGUGGCACGUCCCUCCCCCAACUCUCCCUCUGACUCCUGCUCUCACCAUGAGACACACCUGCUCCCCCUUCGCCUUCCACCAUGAUUGGAAGCUUCCUGAGGCCCUUACCAGAAGCAGAUUCCAGCCCCACACUUCCUGUACCACCUGCAGAACCAUAAACCAAAAUAAAGCUCUUUUCU